AUGGAAUCGCCAAUAUCACAGGAUGAAGUUCGGCUGGCAGUGGAUGAUACAGCCUUGCUGUCCACUUACGAGGCCGUGCGUGGCCAAGUACGGGCUGCCAUUUUUGCAGAAACUUCCUCUCCACCCAAAGACAGCUCGCUACUCAAGACGGCCUUUUGCUCGGAAACAUGGCCCAGUCUACAUUCAGGUUAUGAGAAACUGGUAAAUGAGAUCGUGCGCUACUUCCGCACCGAGCUUGGGAAGAGAAAGUUCGACUGUCUAGUUCUGGGCAGGGUGAAGUCUGCCGAAUCCGUGCAGAAAUCGCUUGAUCGUCGCGAGCAAUAUCGCGGAAAGUCCUAUUCCGGCCUCGAGGACAUAUUUGGAACGAUGCAUGAUCUUGCAGGUUCUCUCGUUAUAGUGCAGUACGCAAGAGACAUUGAAACAGUGAAUAGCCUUAUCUCACAGAGCUUUCGAGCAACCAAGCCUCCUACCCAUUGGCCCUGCGAACGCCAGCCCGGCGAGCUUUGGGAUUCACAAUUUGGAAGCUACGAGUCCCACAACCAUCACGUGACAUUGGGAAUGAUGUCUGGCUCCUCUACCAUCACUUUUGAAGUCCAGGUUACAACCUGCUCAGACUUUAUGUACAACAGGAUUGCACACGACUGGUUCUACAAAAAGGACCGUGGAUCAAUGUCUCGAAAAGAUGAGAUGGAGAGAGAGCAAGAGAAUAGCGCCGAGUCCAAGGACCAAUUCGACUUGAUUCAGGCAACAAAGCUCGCACAUGGCGUUGAGGAGUGGCAGCUCCAAUUCGAGAUUAUGAAUUCUCCUUCACACCAGUUGAAAGGUUCUGAUUCGCGUACCUUCAAAGAAAAUGCAGGUUUCUCCAAGACACUCACAACAUUCGCUAGCGUAGCUAGCCUCCUGGAUGAAGCUGGCAAGACAUCCAUAACCCUUCUCAAUACCAUUCAGACCUGGAAUGACUGUCCCUCGGCGUUGCUAGCCCUAAAUAAUGAGGUUUCUGAAGUGAGACUUAUACUUCACCAGCUGGGCAUUACUCACAAAAGUCCAAAGGCUAGGCUGGGACUUUUCGACAAGGGCCUUAUGCCAGCCAUCGAACGAUAUGUUAAGACGACAGCAGUACAUUUGAAGCUACUUAACACACUACUUGACGAGCUUCAAGAAUCACAAGCCUUCAGAGAUAAACUGAAACUGCUCUCGGGGGAUGGCAAUGUUCAUCGACUGCAGACAGCUCUCAGAAAGGACCGUCACAAAAUCAACGACUUGCUCCUUUUUCACAACAUGACAAACACAACCAAAACAGAGGUCGAAUUAGAAUCCGUUGGGUGCAUUAUCGAUGAACGACAGUACAAGCAUAAUAGCUCCUCCGCCCUUUCCGGUAAAGAGUUCCAUGAAUUGCAGGAGCAGUCCUUGGUGACCAGAGAGCUAGUUGCACCAAGCCAAGAUGGAAAUGUCAGACGGGAACCUAGAUCAAUUAGUCGACCUGUCUCGGGAGACCAAUUUUCGGGAGCAAUAAGACAUGUCGAGCACGAUGAAACGCAGGAAUCGCGCCCAGGAGCCAGCAAUCUUUAUGUCACCCGGAAGGGAAAUCGUAGGGCCUCUGGUUCUAGCAAAGUUCAGCCUAAUUUGACACGCCGCGCCGAUAGGCUUCCAGAUUUGCACGAUACAACUGAUCUCAAGGCUCUUGAGGCAAAAGUUUGGGAAGUUUUGUUUCAAUCAACAAACCACGUUUCUAGCCAGGCAUGUGCUUUCGCUGUGCAUAGCCAACCCUCAAACUGCGCUGACAAAUGCCCCUGUUCCUGUCACCGCCGGAGACCACUCGAAUCGAGGUUUUCACUUCCACCCUUGCUGAGGAAUAUCUGCGGGACCUUGUUCGGAGGAUACAAAGGUGAUCCUAUUGUAUCAUCACGAUGCGAUCGGAGCCAAUGCCUUCGACAGGGCCACAUGCGACUCCGUCUGACAUAUCUCUUCCCGAGCUGGUUCCUCCGACGUGUUUUACACACAUUUAUCAACUGGUCGCAGGGAAGUAUCACAGUUAGCCUGAAAACAUGCGACAUACGUGCAUCUGAGUCUUUUGCCGCGUUCAAGUCCGCACACGAGGGAAAUCUGCAAGUACUGGAACAAUGUCUGAGAGAUGACCCAGCAGGCGUAAAUGCCUGGGCUGUAAACGGAUCUGCUCCUUUGCAUGCUGCUAUCUACGUGGGUUGGGUGCAAGGAGUAGAGACUCUUCUCAAAUAUGGCGCGGACGCAUAUUUGGAAGGUCCAGGAAACCCUUCAGCAAUCUCAAAAGCUUCGCAGCUGAUAUUGUGCGAAAGGCUCUCUCCAAGUAUUUGCUGCAGGCUUGUCGAGUUGCUUCCGGUCUCUUCCUACGUCAAGGACUUAGAUCUAAGCUUCCUUGCCAAAGUAGUCAUAGGCAUAUGUCCGAUCAGCCUCGAGUCAAUUCUCCAGAGCCACGAUCCAUUGAUCCUUGCACAACUUGAUAGUUUGGACGAAAGUGGGAGGACACCACUUCACUGGGCAGCAGCACGAAAUGAUGCCGUCGCUUCUCGCAUUUUAAUCCAAGCCGGUGCAAACGUUAAUAUACGUACAGCCUUGGAGAACUAUACACCGUUGACAGAGGCAAUCCGAUGCAGUCCAGCAGACACGACAAUUUUGGUUGACACAUUGAUUGAUGCCGGAGCUGAUAUCAACGCGGUUGACAGUUACAAGCUGACUCCAUUGACUACGGCCUGUUUUACAGGUAAUCUGUCUAUCGUUCGCAAGUUGAGAGAGGCAGGCGGCGGAAUUGAUGCGCCAAACCCGGGGAUUUGUGCUGAAGCUCCGGUGACAAUUGCUAUUUAUAACAAUCGGCCAAAGAUCCUGAAAUACCUCAUUCAGGAGGGCGCUGAUAUUAACCAGACCAAUCCAUUAUUGCACAAGACGCCUCUUACGAUGGCGAUAGCAACGAAUACUCACGAGUGUUUCCGAAUACUACUUGCGCAUGGAGCAGACUAUUUGCAAGUAGAUGAUCAAGGAGAAACAAUCCUACACUAUCUAGCACGAAUGGGGCAUGAAGAAACGAUACGCAUAUCGAAGGAACAUGGUUUGGCUGGUUUGGAUCUGACCAUGCGCAACUCAUCGAGGCAGACAGCUCUGGAAGUCCAUCAAUUGUACGGAUCCAAGGAUCCUAUCGUCAGCCAAGCGUUUCAAGAAUUGCUUUCGACGAUGGAUAAUACGAGUAGCGGGGAGUCGAGCAGCGAUGAAGACGCCAUAUUCUAUGACGUCACUGAGGAGUUAUGA